UAUGGCCAGUAAAACCUUGUCCUACCUUGGUAUCUUCUUCUGUAUGAUGUUCUUGUUUGAGCCCUUAGCUAAUGGCCAACUUGAUUAUAACUUUUAUGAUGAUUUGUGUCCUAACUUGCCUAUGAUGGUUCGUUGGGGUGUUUGGGCAGCUCUGAGAAAUGAUACCAGAAUGGCUGCAUCCCUGCUUCGUUUGCAUUUCCAUGAUUGUUUCGUGAAUGGUUGUGAUGGUUCAGUGCUUCUUGAUGAUACUCCAAAUUUCAAAGGCGAGAAGAAUGCUUUGCCGAACCGAAAUUCAGCUCGAGGAUUUGAGGUCAUUGAGAGCAUUAAAGCAGAUGUUGAAAGAGCUUGCCCGUCAAUUGUAUCAUGUGCUGACAUAUUAGCUCUUGCAGCUAGAGAAGCUGUCAUUCUGUCAGAAGGGCCUUUCUGGCCUGUUUCCUUGGGUCGCAGAGAUGCAUUAACAGCAAGUACGAAAGCAGCAAAUGAGCAGCUACCAACGCCUUUUGAGUCUCUAGAUAACAUUGUUGCAAAGUUUGCAUCAAAUGGUCUCGACUUAAGAGAUGUGGUAGUUCUCUCCGGAGCACAUACUCUUGGUUAUGCUCAAUGUUUCACAUUCAAGAGGAGACUGUUUGACUUCAAAGGCUCCGGUAAGCCAGAUCCCCUAUUGGAUGCUUCAAUGGUUGCAUCCCUGCAAGGCACUUGUCCAAAUGUAGACGAAUCAAAUAGCAAGCUAGCUCCUCUGGAUGUCCAGACGGUUUACAAAUUCGAUAAUGCAUAUUACAAAAACCUGAUGACCAACACGGGGCUCCUGGAAUCUGAUCAAGCAUUAAUGGGGAAUCCAAAAACAGCAGAGAUGGUUAACUUUUAUAGCACGUACCCCUAUCUUUACUCGAGAGAUUUUGCAGCAUCCAUGGUGAAGCUUGGAAAUAUUGGGGUGCUCACGGGCCAAGACGGACAAAUCCGCAAGAAAUGUGGUUCUGUAAACUACUACUACUAAAAGAUUAUGCUAGAGGCCUGGAAUGAAAAGGGCAAGUAGGUCUGCUUGUAUUGAAACUUAUUACUACUUUAAAGCUCUAGUUGUGGAUGACUGCAAGAAUAAGUAUUAUGUUCUU